AUGAGUCCACCUUGGCAGGAACAGACAAUUGGAUGCUUAAAACGAGUGGCUGUUCCUUCCAAGCCGUUAUUGAACAUACUUCGUCAGGAAGUCGAUGCAAUGCGAAGACUUAGAGGUAGAAAGUAUAUUGUGUCAUAUAUAGAUUCUCAUGCGAGACAUGCACAGAACGGCCAGGGAUAUGUGGUAUUCCUAUUGAUGGAAUACUGCGCCAGAGAUGGACUCAUAGACUUCAUGAACAGCCGGUUGGUUAACAAGUUGACGGAGCCUGAAAUCCUCGAUAUUAUGGGGGAAAUCUGUGAGGCUGUUGCUUGUAUGCACUCUUUAGAUCCUCCCAUUGUGCACAGAGACAUCAAGAUUGAAAAUGUAUUGAUAGCUGCUGACGGAACGUACAAAUUGUGUGAUUUUGGCUCUGCUUCUCCACCUUUAUCCGCUGCUGAGAAUGUCGAAGACUUCCAGAGACUUCAGGACGAUAUUCUACACCACACUACCCCUCAGUAUCGAUCACCAGAGAUGAUCGAUCUAUACAAAAGACAACCAAUUGACGAAAAAUCAGAUAUAUGGGCUUUGGGUGUUAUGCUCUAUAAGCUCUGUUACUACACUACACCUUUUGAAAAAAAUGGCAUAAAUGGUAAUGGCAACGGCGGAGGAGGUAACUCUGCCAUAUUAGACGGCAUUUAUUCAUUCCCUCCUUCUCCUCCUUAUAGUACAAGAUUGAAGAAUUUGAUCAAAAAAACAUUGAUGGUCAAUCCUCAGAGUAGACCCAACAUUUUCCAGUUAUUGGAGGAGACCUGCAAAAUGAGACAUCUUCCGUACCCAGAUAUCUAUCCAGAAAAGCAUCCUUCUCUUGGUAUGCAGCAAUCAUUUACCAACAUAAGUCGUCAGUCCACUUUACCUCCCCUUCCCACUUACCCACUCAUACAAACACAGUCCCUUGCUUCAAAUGUUGGAUAUCCUCCCAUUCAGAUGAAUGCUUAUACUCAUCAACAGACUCCUGCUGCAACGGUUACACAUCAUCUGUAUACGACUGGUGAUGAUUAUAGCUCUGAUGAUCCAUUCGCCGGCAUUCACAGAUACAAAACUGCCAACGGUGGGGAGAUGAAUGCGUCCACUGGACUCCAAAACAGGAGCGUCUCCAAUAAUAACAUGGCAGGCAAAUAUAGUAAUGGUUUUAGAAAGUUGAGUUCUGGUAGAAGGAGACCAUUAAGUAUGUCUGCUACUGAAUUUGACAGACUCAAUAAUGAGAAGACAAAGAAUGAGGUAAUAUCUCCUAUUCAGAGUAUCAUUACGGGUAUGACGGAAGAAGAAAUAGUAGAGUUAUCUCCUAAUCAUCACACUAACAUUGACAGUUCUAUGGAGUUUUUGAGAGAUCUUUCAAGACAGAAUUCGGGCUUUCUAAAUUACGAGCACAGAAGCAAACGGUCCAGCAUGUCUUCCAUCAAAGAACUAUUGACUGGGGGGAAGCACACAGCAAACAGACAUUCUUCUUACCACUCUCUUAAAUCUGUGUCUUCCAGAAAGUCUUCUGGGCAUGGCAGUAGCUCAGAAUCUUUGCUGGACUUUUCGCAUUCUGCUAGACAUCAUGAGAAGGAUUCAAACGUGCAUUCUUCUAAUCCUUCGGUUCCAACAUCGCAUCCUCCAAAGAGGUCAAACUCCAUCCAGAAAAGAGUCAAACUGCUCUUAAAUAGAAAACAAUCUCCUCCACCGAAGAAGACUGCUUCAGGGUAUGGUAAGUACACUGAUGAAUCGAACAUUAAGGUCAGCAAUGAGAGGCCAGCGACAUUCCAUGAUUAUUCGCUUCCAUCAGCUACCAAUAGAAAUGCGGGGCAAGCUUCACUGUUGAGGUCGCCGUCACCUCUACCGACAUCAUUGGUUGAAGAGGCCGAUCCAUUUUCAACUUCUCACCAUGAAUCCGAUUUUCAAACACGCAAUUCACAUGUUGGAGGUAAUCUGAAUAAGAAGAAAGUCAGGGCCCCACCUCCAAAGCCUCGGAAACCUGCUUAUCUAAGGAGCUCAACCUCUUCUAAGAAUUUAUCGCCAACUGAAGGACACCAUACGGUGACUAGUGAUACCAAUUCUUCAUUGUACGAUGAGGAUUUUGAAGCAUUAGAGAAGAAGUUCCAAGAAAAGUAUCCCAGUGCCGUUUAG